UGUGAUGAAGAGUGAAAAAUUCUGUAAUGCCAUCAAUUGAGUAUUAGUACGGUAGAAGGUUUUAUAAAAUUUUAUAAACAUUUCUCAAAGUCUAUUUUACACUAAAUAAUACUGUAAAAGUGGCGGUGUUAAAUAUUUGUAAUUAUAAAGGCUGUGUCCAAGGAGAGCAGUCGUAAAUAGUGCAAUUUAAUUUAUAUUAAGUGUGAAUCAUGAAACAGAUUAAUGUGUCCGUAAUAGGUCUUUCGGGGACUGAAAAGGAUAGGGGUCAAGUUGGUGUUGGAAAAUCAUGCCUCUGCAACAGAUUCAUUCGUCCGAUGGCCGAUGAUUACUUUAUUGAUCACAUAUCAGUGUUGAGUCAGAGUGACUUUAGUGGACGAAUUGUUAACAAUGAUCACUUCUUAUAUUGGGGAGAUGUGCGAAAAACCACGGAAGAUGGAGUGGAUUAUAAUUUCCAAAUAAUUGAACAGACGGAGUUUAUGGAUGAUUCCACAUUCCAACCGUUUAAGGUUGGGAAAAUGGAACCAUAUUACAAGCGUUGUAUUGCCACUAAAGUAUUUUCAGCGGAAAAGCUUAUGUACAUAUGUAAAAACCAAUUGGGGAUCGAGAAAGAGUAUGAACAAAAAAUAAUGCCCGAAGGCCGACUGAGUAUAGAUGGUUUCAUUGUGGUAUUUGAUGUGAGUCCUGUGCCAAAUCGACCGGUUGAAAAGCAAGUUGACUUUGUUCACAAUGUCAUAGUAAAUAUAUUGAAAAAUAAGAAACCAGUUGUGCUCGUUACAACUAAAAAUGACGAUUCCAAUGAAAUAUAUAUACGGGAGGCCGAAAAAAUUUGCCAGCGUAAGGAAUAUAAGGGUUUGAUUCAAUUGGUCGAAACAUCCUCUCAUGAAUCUAUAAAUAUAGAUUUAGCUUUUAUACUUCUUGCUCAAACUAUAGAUAAAGUGAAAAGUCGUGUAAAAAUUACUUCAUACUAUGAGGCUGCGAAAUCACGAAAAGAACUAUUGGACACACGUUCUGAAGCUGUCACGAGACUAAUUCGUAACCAAAUAAUUGAUUACCAUGUGCUUUGGUCGCAGGGAUCCAAAAUAUUAGCACAGUACAGAGAAUGGACAGAAUUCUUAAACAUUUUUGGUGUAGAAGCUGGUCAAAAGCUCUUCAGACGUCAUAUGAAAAAGCUUCGUGAUGAUCAUUUAAAUAAUAAACUCAAUGAGUACAUUGAUAAGUUUGCCAGUGUAUUGGAGUAUCUUUUACCCGACAUAAGUUCUUUGGGUACAGUAGAUGAAAAUAUAUGGGGAAAUGCCAAAGGCAUAUUGAGAAGCCAUCCUGAUUUUGAUCGGCAUUUUUUUGAGUGCCCUCAAGCUUCAUGGACGGAAUUAGUUGAUAUGGAAGAAACCGAAGACGAAGUUCGUAUUCCAUUCGAUGUAUUGGAUACUCCGGAAGCGGAAACAAUAUUUCGAAAUUAUGUUAAUGCGGUGCAGCAAGAUAAGAAAAAAAUUGGUUGGAAGCAUCAAUUUAAACUAUUAUUGGAAGAAUCCGGCUUUGUGACCCCAGGUAAACAGCUAUCAGAGGUGCGCGUGCUUUUCAUGGGUCGUGAAUGCUUUGAAGCUUUAUCAGAACAUGAUUGCCAACAAAUUUAUGACAUUCAUCAAGAUGAAAUUAUCGAGAAAAGCAAGCAAAACUUUAUAGAACUAUUGUUAGAAAACGCACAAUUCUUCCAGCAGUUUAAAAAUGUUGAUAUAAUUACUCAAGAAGAUGUUCGGGCAAUUACAGAUCUUAUACAGGACGAUUCCAGGUAUAAAAUAUUAGACAGACUUGAUCAGGAGCGACGGGUGAUCCUAUUUCAACAUUUGGGCUUUAUACACUGCCCCAUACGCGAGCAUUGUCCUUUCUUCCAUAAUUGCGUUGAUAGUUUGGUAGAUGAAUGCUUGGUCGAUAAGUCGCCAAAUCAGAAGAAUUCCAGCAACUGGAAGUCUUCGAGCUCCGACAGAACUUUAAAUUUAUUAAUAGUGGGAUCCGAACAUCUUGCAAGUGAUUUGCUUAAUGAUAUUCGAAUGUGCACGGGAUCAAAAGGGGAAUAUGUUUAUGAGAACCAAACCUAUUACCUAAAUUAUCGCAUUGCCAAUGGAGAUAUGGAAGCAUUUAAGUCAAUUGAUGUACAUUCGAGUGGGUUAAUUUGUGUGUACUCAAAUCAACAGUCGUUUGAAACGCUGAAAGAUAACUUGGAGCGCACUUUGUUAUGUAAUUUGGAAUUAGAGGACAAAUUUGAGAACUUGCCUAUCGUUUUGGUGUAUCAACCUCAGGAUCUGAAAGAAAACGAAGUUGAGUACCUGCGUAAUGAAGGAUUACGAUUAUCUGAAAUGCUACACUGCGAUUUUAUUGAUCAUCAACAAAAUCAACAAAAAUAUGUCUACGACAUUCUUAACAUUGUUAUUCUAUCCUUAAGACUUUCAGAGAUGAAAAAUUUUGAUUCGUAUUCUUCAAAUCAUAUUGAUUUAAGAAUACUUGUUUGUAUGUUUUGUGGGGAUCAAUAUGAUAUUGAAAAUAUUAUAAACCCGCUAAUAGCUGAAUCGACAAACUGUAAAUCGUCAGAACAUUCCAUUUUGGUUGACGUAUUUAUAGGAGAUUCAAAAAAGCGGAUUGAAUUCAUCCUUUCAUCUUAUCACGGAAUAAACCAAUAUCGUGAGGAAUUAAUUCAUGGAUAUAUUUAUUUUUAUUCUGGAAAACGUCGAUCAUCACUUUCAAAUUUAAAGGAAAGGGACAUAUCUUUAGAUGAAAUUUACGACGACAACGAAAAGCCGAAACACCAUCACCAAAGGUUUCAGAUUUUCCCACCUCCAACAACUCCUCCAGAGCCAGCUCCACCUGAUCAUCAACUCAUAACGUGUACAUAUAAGAGUCAAUUCGUAUCGGCUUCCGAGUCUAGUUUGGAAGAAAUAACAUCAGCUGAUGUAAGUGGAUCAAAGGAUUCAUUGGCCACACAUGAAGCAGAGUGGCUGGAGGAUAAAAAUGAACCACGAAGAAAUUUAAACAAAAAUUCCAUUUGGAACAACUUUAGUGGUUCCACCCAUGCUUAUACAACUGGUCGUCGUCACAUUGAUUCUAAUUUAAAUAAAAUUCGUCCAAAAGGUCCGAGUCAAACAUUAAAGCAACCCGGUAAAUUAAAUAUGAAAAACUUUCAACUCGUAAGUGAAGCAGUAGCUAAAAUGAAUUUUGGAGGUGACACAUUUUUGCCAGUUUCUGAUGCUGAUAAAUGCUCAAAACGAUAUCAGCAUUUUAAUCAUACUCAACUUGAUUGUGACGAAGAUGAUUCAGAGGAAUUGGCUGAAUACGAACAAAUUUAUGAAAAUGAAGACUGUACCGAGUCCGAUAGCUGUGCAAGUUCAACCGAACGUAAAGUGCGUCAGCAGAAUAGCUCAUACUACAAGAUGAAUAAAAAACCUCAGACCAACAAGAAAACCAAGAAAAAGAAAGUUGCCAUCCCCGUACAAACACCAAGGGUUCCACUCUUUGGCUCCUAUGUAAGCCCACCAGAGAUUCCUCAACAUUAUCAUCGAGCUGUGUCAGAUGCUAAAAAAUCGGCCGAACAUUGCACCAAUGAGCUUGUAAAGAACGAUAAAUCACCAGAUUAUUCCAUGGUUCCUGAAAGUAUCAAUUUGUUUGGAACAGACAAUUUGACAGAAUUUAAUAUUAAUCCGAAAUCUCUGAAGGAGUUCGAAAAGACGGAAAAACGUCGGUUGAAAGAAGACAAUGCAAGACUACGUAAAUUGCAAGAAAAGGAAAAGGAACAAGAGAAAAAACACAAGCGAAAGUUGAAGCAAGCUUGCAAAGGCUUAACAGACAAUACUGAAUCUCAUUUUGGAAAAUUACUAAUCUCGGACAAAGAUGAAAUCCCAACAUUCCUUAUAAGAUGUGUCGAAUUUAUUGAGAAAGAGGGUCUUGACUCGGAAGGAAUAUAUAGAGUACCCGGAAGUCGAGGUCACGUUGACUUGCUUUUCCAAAAAUUCGAAGAAGAUCCACACACUGUAAUUGAUGUGCUUGAUAUUCCAGUUAAUGCCGUAGCAACAGCAUUAAAAGACUUCUUUUCCAAGCGUUUACCUCCUUUAUUUAGCAAAGAUAUUAUUAAGGAGCUUGAAGAUAUUGCAGGUUCUCGAGGUAUUGGUUCAUCUAAAAUUAAUGUGGAAGUAAAAACGGAUCGGAGUUGCCGUUUGAUAUUAUUGAAGACUUUGUUACAGAAAUUACCGCCCAUGAAUUUUAUGAUCCUGAAGUACAUAUUCGAGCACUUUGUUCAUGUAUCCGAGAAUUCAAAACUAAAUAGCAUGGAUAGCAAAAAUUUGGCAAUUUGUUGGUGGCCAACUCUGAUUCCUAUUGACUUUACGGAUAUGAGCCAUUUUGAGCAAUUGCGGCCAUAUUUAGAAGAUAUUGUGCAGACGAUGAUUGACCAGUUUCCAUAUUUGUUUUGCGGAAAAGAUGCUUUUGUUAUGGUUUAAAUACUCAUAUAUUCCAGCGUAAAAGCUUAAUUUUAGAUGUUAUUAUGUGGAAGAAUAUAAAGAAACUGUGUUUUAAUGGAUUUGUUGUGUGAAGUGAUGUUUAAUUAAGAAUAUUCGAAUAUGCGUCUAAAAUAAUAAUUUAUAUUAUGUGUUAAAUUAUAUUUAAGCUAUAAAUGUUUUAAAUGUCUCGUAUGUAUGUUUAACGAGUUGUGUAGUGAUAUCUAUGCCAUGUGUAUGUAUGCUUAUAUAUAUAUUUUUUAAAUUUGGGUGUAUUAUUAUUGUAGAUGUUGUUCUUAUAAAUUGGGCUGAAAAAACUUUAUCAAAGGAACACUUCUGACAAGUACUAACAAUGUGAAUGAAAAAACAAUACAUUCAUAUAUAUACCUAAAAAAAUAGAUAAUGGAAAGAUUUGUAUAAAUGUGUGUCUAUUUCAUGAUAUACCUUAUAAAAUUAUGCAUUCGUAAUCAACGCGAUUUGGUGUAAUUAUAUUUUUUAAAAUUAUGAUAUUUACGGAACUCCAUACGGAUACCCGUCAUAAUCUAAAUGCACAAACAUUAUAAAAACAAAUAAAAUAAUUCCAAAAAAAUUCGAUA